AUGAAACAAACAGGAAGCGUCGCGUGCAUUUUCAUAGCCCUGGCUGUGGGUGGCCUGGCUCAAGAUGAGAGCACAUCGCCGCCAGUCUACCCAAGCCCCGCUAUGCUUGGAUUAGGUUGGGAGGCCGCAUUUGAACAAGCAGAUACUUUCGUUGCCAACUUGAGUCUGGAAGAAAAAGUUCAGCUUGUGACCGGUGCAUCUCCAGGCCCCUGUGUUGGAAACCUCGGGGCAAUCCGCAGACCCGGUUUUGACGGCCUCUGCCUUCAAGAUGGACCGUUAGCCAUCAGACUCGCGACAUACGCGUCUGUUUUUCCAGCUAGCCUUACCGCAGCCGCUUCGUGGGAUAGAGGUUUGAUCUUUACGAGAGGGAUGUACAUAGGCGCAGAGUUCAAAGGAAAGGGAAGCCAUGUUGCUCUCGGUCCCGUCGUUGGCCCUCUGGGACGAAUAGGCUAUGGGGGACGCAACUGGGAAGGAUUCUCUUCAGAUCCGUAUUUGACAGGCGUUGUGGCGGAGGAGACAAUCCUCGGGAUGCAGAAAAGUGGUGUAAACCCGGACGUGUCAGCCAAUGGUACCACUAUUGAAGCGGCUUCAUCCAACAUUGACGAUCGAACCCUCCAUGAGCUCUACCUAUGGCCUUUCGCGAAUGGUGUCAGAGCUGGAACAGCUUCGAUCAUGUGUUCAUACAACCACCUCAACGGAUCUUAUGGCUGUCAAAACUCCAAGACUCUGAAUGGCCUCUUGAAAACCGAGCUCGGGCUCCAGGGCUACGUUAUGUCUGAUUGGGGUGGUACGCAUGCAGAAGUCGAUGCCAUUAAUGCCGGCCUCGACAUGGACAUGCCAAGUUUGUGGAUGUUUGUCACAGAGCCUGUUCUUUGGUCUUUGCUGAGUCGUGAUAAUAUAGGGAGCGUUGGAGGCAAUCCGAAUGCACCAUUCUUCGGUGGAAAUGUGACUCAAGCUGUGAGCAAUGAUUCCAUCUCAGAGUCACGCCUCGAUGAUAUGCAGAACAACUAUCCUCCCGUUGACGGGCAAUCGCCUAACUUGAACAACAACGACCCCCAGCAAUAUCAAUAUCAGUUCAUUCUUGGAGCGGCAGAUGUUGACGUGCGAAACGAUCAUGCUCAGCUCAGUCAUGAGCUCGGAGCCGCGGGAACCGUGCUAUUGAAGAACGCGAAUCAAACUCUGCCGCUUAAAGCCCCAGGGACAAUCGGAGUAUUCGGAAAUGAUGCUGGAGAUCUCGUCAACGGACAGUACUUUUGGGGAUCCAGAUGCCUGGCAUUCGAAUUUCCCAGAAGGCCUCCUCAUCGAUUAUCGGCACUUCGACAAGAUCGCCAUUAA